AGUCGCGGGUGGAGCGGUGCGUGGGCAGCAAUGGAGCGGCUGCUGCUGCCGGCCCUCCUGGCUCUCGCCGCCUUUUGCUGCAGCGGGGCAGCAGAGUCACUGGAGAACGACUCAGAGCCCGGCAAGAGCGAUGCACCGGGGAAGCCCUGGAAAGUUCCCAGCCCAGAGGAACUCGACCUGAACACGGCAGGCGGAGGGGCUGAAUGGACGUCGUGGUUCAACAUCGACCACCCCGGGGGGGACGGCGACUACGAGAGCCUGGAUGCCAUUCGCUUCUACUACCGCGGGCGCGUCUGCGCGCGACCGGUGGCCAUCCAGGCGCGCACCACCGAGUGGGAGCUGCCCCAGGACGUGGGCGAGGUGGUGCAUUUCAGCCCCAAGAAGGGCUUUCGGUGCGUCAACAAGGAGCAGCCGCAUGGCAAGACCUGCUCCAACUACCACAUCCGCUUCCUCUGCCCGCUGGAGCACAUCUUCUGGUCUCACUGGUCCUCCUGGAGCCCCUGCUCGCGGAGCGCCUGCGGGAGCAGCGGGACACAGAGCCGGCGGCGCCGCUGCGUUAACGCGCAGGCGGUGAGCGCGCUGAAGGAGCUCAAGUGCAGGGGCAAGGCGGUGGAGCGGCGGCCGUGCAGCACCGGGCCCUGCCCAGAGCCGAUGUGGACGGAGUGGGGCGCGUGGGGUCCCUGUUCCCGCAGCUGCGGCAGCACCGGGACGCGUGUCCGCCGGAGGAGCUGCCAGAACGCCCGGAAGCUGCUGUGCGCCGGACACCCCUCCGAGGUGCAGCAGUGUCCCCCCACGCCCUGCCCAGCCUGCCCCGAGCACACACUGCAGGGCGCUGUCGUCUCCGCCACCGGUGCAGCGCUGCCCGGAGCCCGCGUCUACCUGGAGGGGCGCCCGCCGACGCUGCUGGCGCGCAGUGACACGCGUGGGGCAUUUCGUGUGCCUGGGCUGUGCGUGAGCAUCGGUGCAAACGUCAGCGCCCACCGCGAUGGUUUUGCCCCAGGACUGACAUCUGUUGUGUCCAACGGCUCCGGAGCGUUGGUGGCACACAUCGUGCUGCAGAAGUUGGAGAAGCCCUACAUGGUGCUGCACCCCACGCCGAAGGUGCGGGUGGCCGGGCAGGAGGUGACCUUCUGCUGCAAAGCCUCGGGGACACCCGUGCCCAAGAAGUACUACUGGUACCAAAACGGGACGCUGCUGGACAGGACGGCACACCGGUACAGCAGCCGCCUGGUGCUGCGGGCGCUGACACCGGAGCAGGCGGGCAGCUACCACUGCAAGGCCAGCACCGAGGCCGGGGCCAUCCGAUCUGCGCCGGCACAGCUCACCGUGCUGGCCCAGGGCCAGCAGAGCUGCAAAGCAGCACCAGAGCCCAGCCUGGUUGAGCUGCCCGCCGAGUGCCACCGGGAUGCCGGUGCGUCCCGCUACUACGACGUGGGGCACUGCCCAUCCACGCCGUGUGCCGGCAGCCCAGCCGAUGGGCAGCGGUGCGGGGCGGGCGCACGGCGCUGCUGCGGGGUGCGGCGCAUGGAGAUGCGGGAGAUCCGCUGCGGUGGGUCCGUCCUCCCCAUCAAAGUGGUGGCCAAGUGCGGCUGCGGGCCCUGCGCACAGCCCCGAGUCCUGGUGCAGGGAAGGGUGACGGCGGCCGACACCGGAGAGCCGCUGCGCUUCGGGCAGAUCUUCCUGGGGAAGAAGAAGAUCGGCUUCACCGGUUUCCAGGGCUCCUUCACCAUCGAGGUGCCGCCCGACACGCAGCGCCUGGUGGCACGCUUCGUGGACCGGCAGCAGCGCCUGGUGGACGCCGUCAAGGUGCUGCCCUUCGACAGGCGCGGCGGCGCGGUCUACCAAGAGGUGAAGAUGAUGCGGAAGAAGGAGGCGGUGGAGCUGGAUGCUGGGCAGACCAACGCCAUCCCGCUGGGCGAGGCGAGCGGCCGGGAGCCCAUCGCUGAGCUCGUCAUCCCCGCCGGAGCCUUCCUCCGCCCCUCCGGGGAGGUCUUCGGGGGCACCGUCAAAGCCAGCGUCACCUUCCUGGAUCCCAGGGACAUGGCCACGGCGCGCGCCGCCUCCAGCGACCUCAGCUUUGCCAACGCCGAUGGGGAGAUCGUGCCCCUGCGCACCUACGGCAUGUUUGCUGUGGACUUUCGGGAUGGGGAGUCGGGCACGGCGCUGCAGACGGGGCCGGUGGAGGUGCGGAUGGACGCGGGGCAGAUCGGGAUGGCGGAGCACCUGCGGAAGAUGAAGCUGUGGUCCCUGAACCCCGAGACCGGGCUGUGGGAGGAGGAGGGCGUCCUCCGCCCGACCGAGGAGCGGCGCGGGAGGAGGGAGGAGCGGACCUUCCUGGUGGGGAACAUGGAGAUCCGCGAGAGGCGGCUCUUCAACCUGGACGUGCCGGAGGAUCGCCGCUGCUUCGUCAAGGUCCGGGCCUACAGCAACGAGAAGUUCAACCCCUACGAGCAGCUGGAAGGGGUGGUCAUCAGCCUCAUCAACCUGGAGCCCCAGCCCGGCUUCCCCGCCAACCCACGGGCGUGGGGCCGCUUUGACAGCGUGGUCACCGGCCCCAACGGCGCCUGCCUGCCCGCCUUCUGCGACGCGCGCCGCCCCGACGCCUACACGGCGUACAUCACAGCCACGCUGGGCGGCGAGGAGCUCGAGGCCGUGCCCUCCAGCCCCAAGCUCAACCCCAACGCCGUCGGGGUGUCCCAGCCCUACCUGAACAAGCUGGGCUACCGCCGGCUGGACCACGACGACCCCGACAUCAAGAAGACGGCCUUCCAGGUCAACGUGGCCAAACCCGACCCCAACAACAUCGAUGAGACCAACGGGCCCAUCUACCCCUACCGCAGCCUCAGGGAGUGCGAGGAGGCGCCGGUCAGCGCCAACCACUUCCGCUUCUACCGCGUGGAGGUGGACAAAUACGAAUACAACGUGGUGCCCUUCAAGGAGAGCGACCUCACCUCCUGGACCGGCGACUACCUGUCCUGGUGGCCCAACCCGCAGGAGUUCCGCGCCUGCUUCAUCAAAGUGCGCAUCGAAGGGCCGCAGGAGUACAUGGUGCGGUCGCGCAACGAGGGCGGCAGCCACCCGCGCACCGUGGGGCAGCUCUACGGGCUGCGCGACGCCCGCAGCGUGCGGGAUGCCAUGCGGGAGGGCAGCUCGGGCGCCUGCCUGGAGUUCAAGUGCAGCGGGAUGCUGUACGACCAGAGCCUGGUGGACCGCACCUUGGUGUCCGUCAUCCCGCAGGGCAGCUGCCGCCGCACGGCCGUCAACGGGCUCCUGCGGGACUACCUGGCGCGGCACCCCCCGGUGGCCGACGCCAACAACACGGCCGCCUUCACCAUGCUGGCGCCGGUCGAUCCGCUGGGGCACAACUACGGCAUCUACACGGUGACGGACCAGAACCCGCGCCUGGCCAAGGAGAUCGCUAUCGGCCGCUGCUUUGACGGCACGUCGGAUGGUUUCUCGCGGGAGAUGAAGUCGGACGCGGGCACGGCCGUCACCUUCACCUGCCAGGAGCGGCCGGCGGGGCGCGAGAGCUUCUUCCAGCGCCUGCUGACGUCGCCGGCCGAAGCGCUGGAUGAGAUCCGGCGCGAGAUGGGAGCCGGGGAGCUCCGCCGGGCCCCCCCCGAAGUGCUGGACUUCGCCUCCGGCGUGCGCGCCCUGAGCCCCGCGCCCCCCCCCCGGACCCCCGGCAGCCGGCGGAGAAUGGGCCGCGUCCGGGCGCAGCAGUGAGCGCCGCAGCGCCGCGUCCCGCUCCUCCCCCUCGCUUAUACCCGUGCUCAUUUAUAACGACCGACGGGGGUGGGAUGGGGGAGACGCCGAGAGGCGAGGGGACGCGUCCGGUGGGGAUGGCCCCCCUGCCCAGGGACGUCUUUCCAAGGGGAAGGCAGGGAGGUGCCCCCCGACCCCCGGUGCUGUCCCCUGCCCUCGCCCCCAGCCCCACGCGGGGCAGCUCGUGGUGCUCCCCCCGGCCGUAGGACGUGGCCCUUCGGGGGUUAUUUAAAAAUAAAGAGAAAAUCCGCGGGGGUGAAUGCAAA